GGGAGAUUGUAAAGAGUACAGGGCAGAUAGUAUUAAGUAUUAUUUUCUUAGAGUAAAAGAAAAAAACCCGUAUUAGUAAAGCGCGCGCCCUAUCCGCUCACCCCCGCCUCGCGUGUUGAUGGCUGUGACGUCAGGAACGCGUGUCCCAAGUGAGUGAGCUCGCCGGGUAUAAAAGGCUUGAUGUUGUCUUCGCUCACUAAAAAUGGCAGAAGCAACACAUGAGUUGCAGCCAGAAACAGAACUGCAGGUCAGUAUCCACUCCAGAGCUCACAGGGACACGGUGUUCGCCAGCCUGGAAGAACAGAGGAAAAACAACUUCUUGUGUGACAUCACUCUAAUCGUAGACGAUGUGCACUUCAGGGCGCACAAGGCCCUCCUGGCUGCCAGCAGUGAAUAUUUCUCCAUGAUGUUUGCCGAUGAGGGGGAUGUUGGUCAGUCGAUUUAUGUCAUGGAAGGGAUGAUUGCUGAAGUCUUUGGAGCUUUGCUGCAAUUCGUCUACACUGGAAACGUUCAGGUUAGGGAAACGUGCUUGCCGCAAAUAGUGGCAACCGCACAAAUCUUGAAAGUAGAUGAAUUAGUUAAAGCAUAUACGGAUUACAAGGAGGUCCAAAACACUGCAAAGCUUUCAACUGAAGCCUCUGUCACUCCUGUGAUAGAUGCAAGCAGCUGUAGUGUGCGAAAGCGAGGAAGACCAAAGAAGUACCAUCAUACUCGUCCGAUUGAUCACGCUGACCGUAUGCAGCAGCAUGAGGAAGACACUGCUCAUGGUGAUCAAUCCUCAGAAAUAAAUAUUACGAAAAGUGUUUCCAAUGGAGAUUCUGCAAACGAGCAAGAGACAUUCUCGGCCCAUGGUGCUGAAGCUACAGCCCCGGUAACUUCUGAUUCAAACUUGUCUGUGUCAAGAGAGGUAGUUGCAAAAAGACACAGCAGGCGCACACUCCAGAGGUCCAUCAAGCUACAAGAUUACAAACUCUCUGAUGAUAUGGAAGAUCGUGAAGAAGCACAGCGGGCAACUGGGAAACGAAAGAAACUAAGUUCAGGGGCUCCCUGCAAGGACUGCGGCAAAGUAUUUAAAUAUAACCAUUUCUUAGCGAAUCACAGGAGGACUCACACAGGAGAGCGCCCUUUCAGAUGCACCGAGUGUGGGAAGUGUUUUUCUCAGAAGCAUUCCCUCCAAGUUCAUGAGAGGAUACACACGGGGGAAAGGCCCUACUGCUGUACUGUCUGCAACAAGGCUUUGGCUACCAAGAAUUCUCUAAUGGAGCACAUGAGUCUUCAUGCAGGGAAGAAAGCAUUUACCUGUGAUCAGUGUGGGAAGUAUUUCAGCCAAAAGAGACAGCUAAAAUGUCACUAUCGUGUUCAUACAGGACACACCUUACCAGAAUGCAAUAUCUGUCAGCGCAAGUUCAUGGAUACAGCUCAGUUAAAAAAGCAUCUACGGUCUCAUACAGGGGAAAGACCUUUUACAUGUGAGAUUUGUGGAAAGUCAUUUACUGCAAAAAGCUCUCUGCUGACCCAUAUCAGAAUACACAGAGGAGAAAAGCCAUACUCUUGCAACAUUUGUGGGAAAGCCUUUUCAGAUUCAAGUGCUAAAAGAAGGCACAGUAUUUUACAUACUGGUAAGAAACCAUUCUCCUGCCCGAACUGUAACGUGCAGUUCUCACGCAUGGACAAUCUAAAGGCACAUAUAAAAAUCCACAGCAAAGACAAACACGUGCAAAUUCAGGAGCAAACUAGUGGAGGUACAGAUGAGGUGAGAAAUAUCCUCCAGCUUCAGCAGUACCAGCUAGCAACCCCAGGAGGGCAAGAGAUCCAGUUACUGGUCACAGAUGGGGUACACAAUCUCAACUUCAUGUCGGGACAUGCUCAAAGCAUCAGUAUAGUUACUGCGGACACCUCACAAAGCAUUACAGACCAGGCUGCCAAUCUAGCACUGAUCACCCAUCAGUCUUCUGCGUUGCAUGGCUUGCCAGUCACGUCCCACCAACAGCAAGUGGAAUCAAUCCAUAGCAUUGACUUGAUUGAGAAUCGGGUUCAAACAGUCCAGCCGGAGCAGAUGCACGUUAUUACCCUAUCAAAGGAAGCACUCGACCAGCUACAGGGCCGGACACAAGAAAUCCACUUAACACAAGCGGACAGACAAACUCCACUAAGCCAAGGCCCAGCUCCUAACAUGGUGAAUCAAAGCAUCCGGGUCAGUGAACAAACUCCACCAGUUUUAUCUGUAAAUUCAGUCGCACAGUCUGUGCAAGAACACCAGAUCCAAGCACAGACUUACCAAAUACAAGCGAGCACGGUCUCUUUUAUAAACACAACUUUGGAAACAGCAAAUUAGAUGUGACACUAACACUUUAAAGAAAAUGAUAAACAGUAAAGAAACGAUUGGCGU